AUGGCUGUGUGUUAGGGUUGUAGCACUCUGAAAACACUCUUUCGCCGUCAUUUCUGAGUGUAUCCAUUCUUCUAUAUAACAGUGUAUCGCAAUUCUUUUCUGCUUUCGGUUUCUUUCAUCGUGGUUGGUUGAUUAGUGAAUAGAGUUAUGGCGGAUUUAGAGAAUUUGCUUUUGGAGGCUGCUGGGAGAAACCGACACUCUCGUCCACCUUCAAGAGGAGGACAUGAUUCCCAUGAUGGGAGUUAUUCUAGGGAGGAUGAUUCAGAUGAUGAGUGUAAUUAUUCAGGACGAAAGCCCCCUGGCUUGCAUGUUCCUCUAAAGAAGAGAUUUGAUUCCAAGGAAGGAGACAAUGACGAGGGAAAUGGGGAAGAAGGGGGCGAUGAUGUUUAUGGCCAUUCUGACCGCGAGAGCAAUAGCAGUGAUGAAUCUAAUUUUGGUGAGGAUCUUUAUAAGAAUGAAGAUGACAGGCGUAAACUUUCUGAGAUGACUGAACUUCAAAGAGAGAUGAUAUUGUCAGAUAGGGCUAACAAGAAGAAUGAUAAAAGUUUAUUGGGGAAGAUAGCGUCAAACCGUGAGAAGCGAAAGGCAAAUGUGUCCAGAGAACAGACUCCUUCUCUCCCUUCAUCUCGUGUGCGAUCAUCAGCCAGAUCUGCUGACAAGUCUGCUGCCAAGGAUGAUGCCUUAAAUGAAUUGCGUGCAAAACGUUUGAAACAACAAGAUUCAGAAUCACACCGCAGGCUAAGAGAGGUAUCUAGAAGUUCACCAAAGCGCAAAUCUUUAGUUUCAGCAAGUCUUAGUAGCUCAAGUGAUAGUGAAAGUGAAAGCAGGUUCCACAAUGAUGAUGAAGAGUCAAGUGAACAUGGCGGUAUCGACAGUGAUGAUGACAGGGUAGUGUCUGAAUUUGAUGGGGCUUCAUUUCGGGAUAUAAAAGAAAUCACGAUUCCCAGGUCAAAACUUGCAAAGUGGUUUAUGGAGCCUUUUUUUGAGGAGUUAAUUGUUGGUUGUUUUGUAAGGGUUGGUAUUGGCAGAUCAAAGUCUGGGCCUAUCUACAGGCUCUGCAUGGUGAAAAAUGUUGAUGCCUCAGAUCCUGAUCGCCGGUAUAAAUUAGAAAAUAAAACCACAUACAAGUACUUAAAUCUUGUCUGGGGAAAUGACACCUCUGCUGCAAGGUGGCAAAUGGCAAUGGUUAGUGACUCUGAUCCACUUGAGGAGGAGUUCAAACAGUGGGUUAAGGAAGUAGAGCGAAGUGGUGGCCGCAUGCCUAUGAAGAAAGAUGUGACACAAAAAAAACAAGCUAUGCAAAAGAUCAACUUAUUUGUUUACUCAGCAGCUACUGUGAAGCAGAUGUUGCGAGAGAAAAAAUCUGCCUCGUCAAGGCCAUUAAAUGUUGCAGCUGAGAAGGGUCGGUUGAGGAUGAAAUUGGAAAUAGCAGAGAGUCAGCAUAAUGAAACUGAGGUGGAGAGGAUCAAGAAAAGGCUGCAAGAGUUGGAGGCAUCUCGACAAAAGGCAAAGGAUGCCAAGGCUUUGAAGCUUGCUGAGAUGAACAGAAAGAACAGGUUUGAGAACUUCAAAAAUGCUUCUGAAUUAAAGCCAGCAGAUGUAGGUUUGAAAGCAGGGGAGGCAGGUUAUGAUCCAUUUUCAAGGAGAUGGACUAGAUCAAGCAACUACUUUGCUUCCAAUCUUGGGGAAGAGGUUGCAGCUAGAAAUAAGAGUGCUGGUGGUGUAGUGGUUGAUAGAGGCAGCAAUAAAACAGGGGCAGCUGUGACCACGGAGGCUGGCAUGGUGGCUACUGCUGCAGCUUUGGAAGCUGCUGCUGGUGCUGGGAAGUUAGUAGACACAAGUGCACCUGUGGAUCAAGGCACGGAGUCAAAUUUGCUGCAUAAUUUUGAGCUGCCAAUAUCAUUGGCUAUACUUCAAAAUCUUGGUGGAGCUCGGGGAGUUCAUGCAGGAUUUGUAGCAAGAAAACAAAUAAUAGAAGCAACCAUUGGAUUUCAAGUCCCGGAAAAUGAUGGUAAGAUGCAUGCGCUGACAUUGACAGUUAGUGAUUACAAGAGAAGAAGAGGGCUUCUUUGAACUUUGUUGAAGUAACAACUUUCAUCAGGUCUACUCUAUGGGUAAAUUGGUUUAUAUUAUCUGUGGUACUGUCAUGCCUACUAAUAGCAAAAUAUCUUCAAUCUUUUCUAUUAUCAUCUAGUUUUCAUUUCCUUUUUUCUCUUCACAAAAAUUACCGGAAAUUGUGAAGUUCAAGUGUACCAUUCUCUAUGAUUUAAAAAUGGUUUUCACUGGAUGCUUGGAAGAGAGCUAGAAUAUUAUUGGAAAUAUAUUUCUAUUUGUU